GUAUCGAUUAAUAUAACCACAACAAAAUGUCGUUCGUUUGCGGAAGACGAACGAAGAGCAGCUAGCUCAUCUACCUUAAAACAAAUUCGAUCACAUACAAGUUACACCACAGAAAGGAAAUGUUGAAUUGAUGAGCAAUUGCACAUGAGGACAGGCCCCCGCCUGCGCUGUCCAUCAUGGUGGAACUGAAGGUAUACGUUGACGGCGUGCACCGAGUUGUGUGCGGCGUCAGCGAAGCCACAAGAUGUCAGGAUGUUGUCCUUGCGCUGGCCCAAGCAACAGGCCAGGUCGGCCGCUUCAACUUGGUCGAGAAAUGUCAGGAUUCAGAACGCUCCCUCCGCCCUAACGAAAACCCCUUACGGGUGAUGUCCAAAUGGGGUCCAAACUCUAGAAACUCGUAUUUUUUAUUACGAAAGACGGGGUCUACACCUGGGAAUAGUCGCCCGCCUUCUGUGACAAAGGAAAUCAGUGAGAAGCUCAAACAGACCGAUAGUCCGACGGAAUCCAUAGGGGAGUUCCCCCAGCAGAGACUUGCAAGUGUGAGACGAUCACAGACUUUUAGUGGGUAUCGCGGCAGCGCGUCACAGCCGAGUUAUGAGUCGCAGAAAAUCAUGGCAACGGACAGGGCAAGACAGAAGGAACUGAGCGAAUUAGUUUCCUUGCAGCAGGAACGUUUAGCCCACCAGUAUCAAGACCUCGUGGACAUUGAGAAUAUUAUUCAGACACUGGUUGGGUUCGAACCGCCGGCAGACACCCAUCGGGAGGAUUCGGACUCGGGGAUCGAGGAGUUUGAACUGCGGUCCAAGAGGAACAAAGCGGAGCUCCGCGAGUUGGAGUUCUGGGAGAGCGAACUGGAAAUUGAGCGUCAGAUGCACUCGGGGCUCACGGAGAAAUUCAACAGACUCAAGGACCGCGUCCGGGCGUGCGAGGAGGAGCUAUUGCUACGGCAACGGCAGAUUGCGGACUUGGAGCGGGAGAUCUUGGAGCAACGCGAGAGGCUACGUCGCAGCGAGGAUGAAGCUGCUCAAACGAGACUGGCCGAGUUGCAAGAAGAGAUUUCAUUCCUAGAGCAGGAGUAUGAAGAGUACAUAAAAAGCACAAAAGAGACGGAGUCAGAGUUAGCAAGGCUGAACCAAAGUCUGGAAGACAAGAGGGCCGAAGAGAUGAGACUGGUGGAUGAUCUUGCCAGGGAGAACAUGAGAGGAUUUAACGAGACGCCAAAAUCAGCGGGGGAGGAGGGUUCAUUAUUGACGUCAACGGGUGGUCAUAGUACCCAGAGCAUGGCAAGACCACUGCGCCAACGUGCUGAGAGUACGCCCACCGAAAUGUAUGCCACGUUUCCGUUUCGGCGUCUCAUCAGUGCCCGCAAUCUUACCAUCGCGGAACCCUCGGGCGAUAACCCAGAAGGCGUAUUUGUAUGAAAAAACAUGGGGACCAGUCAACAAAGGUGCUAUAUAUAUAUAUAGUUGUGUUGUUCAACUCACAAAGGUAGAUUGUACUAU